UCCCAGCCUCACCUCUACGAUCACCACCACCAAGACCCCACCCCACAGCACUCCAAGCUUCACUUCUUUGAUCACCACCAACGAGAACACCUCCCACAGCACUCCCAGCUUCACUUCUAUCACCACCACAGAGACCACCUCACACAGUAAUCCCAGCUUCACUUCUUUGAUCACCACCAUGGAGACCCCCUCACACAGUGCUUCUAGCUUCACUUCUUUGAUAACCACCCCUGGGAUCCCGCCACACAGUGGUCCCAGCUUCACUUCUUCAAUCACCUUCACCGAGACCACCUCACACAGUACUCCCAGCUACACUACCUCAAUCACCACUAGCGAGACCCCCUCACAUAGUACUCUGAGCUUCAUAACCUCAAUCACCACCACCGAGACCACAUCACACAGUAUUCCCAGCUACAUUUCUUUGAUCAACACCAGGGAGACCUCCUCACACAGUACUCCCAGCUUCACUUCUUCAAUCACCACCACCGAGACCCCAUCACACAGUAUUCCCAGCUUCACUUCUUCAAUAACCACAACCGAGACCACCUCACACAGUACUCCCAGCUACACUUCUUCAAUCACUAUCACUGAGACCACAUCCCACAGCACUCCAAGCUUCACUUCUUCGAUCACCACCACUGAGACCAUAUCCCACAGCACUCCCAGCUUCCCUUCUUCAAUCACCACCACUGAGACUGCCUCACACAGUUCUCCCAGCUUCACUUCUUCAAUCACCACGACAGUGGCAACCUCACACAGUACUCCCAGCUUCACUUCUUCGAUCACUACCACUGAGACCACAUCUCACAAUACUCCCAGCUUCAUUUCUUCAGUCACCGGAAGCCAUAUCUGCUCACCCAGUACUCCCAGCUUCACUUCUUCAAUCACUGCCAUCAAGACCACCUCAAACAGCUCUCGUUGCUACAAUUCUUUUUUCACCACAACCGAGGCAACCUCACACAGUACUCCCAGCUUCACUUAUUACAUCACCACCACCACCGAGACCCCGCCCCAUAGUAUUCCUGGCUUCACCUCUUCAAUCGCCACAGCCGAGACCACCUCAGACAGUACUUCCAGCUACACUUCUUUGAUCACCACCAUCGAGUCCACUUCACACAGUACUCCCAGCUUCACUUCUUGGAUCACCACCACUGAGACCACAUCCCACAGCACUCCCAGCUUCACUUCUUCAAUCACCACCACCGAGACUGUCUCACACAGUUCUCCCAGCUUCACUUCUUCGAUCACCACCACCAAGACCACCUCAAACAGCACUCAUAGCUACCAUUCUUUUUUCACCACAACUGAGGCCACCUCACACCAUACUCCCAGCUUCACUUCUUCCAUCACCACCACCGAGACCCCCUCACACAGUAUUUCCGGCUUCAUUUCCUCAAUCACCACAACUGACACCACCUCAGAGAGUACUCUCAGCUACACUUCUUUGAUCACCACGACUGAGACCACAUCCCACAGCACUCCCAGCUUCAAUUCUUCAAUCACCACCACCGAGACUGCCUCCCACAGUUCUCCCAGAUUCACUUCUUCGAUCACCACCACAGAGACCACCUCACACAGUACUCCCAGGUUCACUUCGAUCACCACCACUGAGACCACAUCCCACCACACUCCCAGCUUCACUUCUUCAAUCACCACCACCGCGAGCACCCCACCCAGUACUCCCAGCUUCAUCUCUUUGAUCACCACCAGGGAGAACACAUCCCACGUACUCAGUACUCCCAGUUUCACUUCUUCGAUCACCACCACUGAGACCCCCUUACACAGUACUCCCAGCUACAUUACCUCAAUCACCACCACUGAGACUCCCUCACAGAGUACUCCCAGCUUCACUACCUCAAUUACCACCACUGAGACCACCUCACACAGUACUCCCAGCUUCACUUCUUCAAUCAGCACCAGUGAGACCCCCUCACACAGUACUCCCAGCUUCACUUCUUCAAUCACCACCACCGAGACCACCUCAUCCAGUACUCUCACUUUCACUUCUUCAAUCACCACCACCGAGAAUAUCUCACCCAGUGCUCCAAGUUUCCCUUCCUCAAUCACCACCACUGAGACCACCUCAAACAGCACUCCUAGAUGCACUUCUUUUAUCACCACAACCGAGACCACCUCACACAGUACUCCCAGCUUCUCUUCUUCGAUCACCACCACAGAGACCCCCUCAAACAGUACUUCCAGCUUCACUUCUUCCAUCACCAUAACCGAGACCACCUCGCAGAGUACUCCCAGCUUAACUUCUUUGAUCACCACCACCGAGGCCAUGUCCCACAGUUCUCCCAGCUUCACUUCUUUAAUCACCACCCCCAAAACCACCUCCCAAAGCACUCCCAGCUUCACUUCUUCAAUCACCACCACCAACACCCACACACACAGCAUUCCCAGCUUCACUUCUUUAAUCACCACAACACAGACUACCUCUCUUAGUACUCUUAGCUUCACUUCUUCAAUCGCUACCACCGAGACCACAUCCCACAGCAUUCCCAGCUUCGCUUCUUGGAUCACCACCACAAAGACCACCUCACACAGUACUCCCAGCUUCACUCCUUCGAUCACCACCACUGAGACCACAUCCCACAAUACUCGCAGCUUCACUUCUUCAAUCAUCACCACAGAGACCACCCCACCCAGUACUCCCAGCUUCACUUCUUUGAUCACCACCACGGAGAUUACAUCCCAUAGUACUCCCGGCUUCACUUCUUCAAUCACCACCACCGAGACUCCCUCACACAGUAUUCCCAGCUUCACUACCUCAAUCACCACCACUGAGACCCCCUCACAGAGUACUGCCUGCUUCACUACCUCAAUUACUGCCACUGAGACCUCACACAGUACUCCCAGCUUCACUUCUUCAAUCACCACCAGCGAGACCCCCUCACACAGUACUCCCAGCUUCACUUCUUCAAUCACCACCAGCAAGACCAUCUCACACAGUGCUCCCAGCUUCACUUCUUCUAUCACCACCAGGGAGACCACCUCACACAGUACUCCCAGCUUCACUUCUUCAAUCGCCACCACCGAGAUCACCUCAAGCAGCACUCCCAGCUACAAUUCUUUUAUCACCACAACCGAGACCACCUCACACAGUACUCCCAGCUUAACUGCUUCAAUCACCACCACCGAGACUAUAUCCCAGAGUACUCCCAGCUUCACUUCUUUGAUCACCACCACUGAGACCACAUCUCACAGUACUCCCAGCUUCAGUUCUUCGAUCACCAACACCAAUACCACAUCUCCCAACAAUCCAGGCUUCACUUCUUCAAUCACCACCACGAAGACCACCUCCCAAAUCCCUCCCAGCUUCACUUCUUUGAUCGCCACCACCGAGACCACCUCACACAGUACUCGCAGCUUGACUUCUUCAAUUGCCACCAGUGAGACCACAUUCCACAGUACUCCCAGCUUCACUACUUCAAUCACCACCACUGAGACCACCUCACACAGUACUCCCAGCUUCUCUUCUUCGAUCACCACCACAGAGACCCCCCAAACAGUACUUCCAGCUUCACUUCUUCCAUCACCAUAACUGAGACCACCUCGCAGAGUACUCCCAGCUUAACUUCUUUGAUCACCACCACCGAGGCCAUGUCCCAC